GGCACAGCUCCGUUUCCGUACCAAUCCCAGCUAGCAACUAGCAAAGGAAGAGCUAACAGUGCUGUUCUUUCUUCAAACAGGUGAAAUUAAGACUUGGAUAACUUUCACUAUCCUUGCCACUCUACCACAUAAGUCGCCGUGUGCAUUGGGAAAAUCCGCGAGUGCUCCUUACUCUUCAUCAGUGUCAGGCUUUCUCAAUGGCAUCGUCAGCAACCAUCAUGGUCCCCACCACCGCCUCGCGCUUCGCCCCGCUCCAGAUCGACUCGGACUCCGACUCGGACCCCUCCGAGGCCGUGAAGGCGGCCGGCAAAGGCGGCGCCGGGAAGCAGCGGCCGGAGAAGUCCGCGGGGGGCAAAGCGCCUCAGGGCAACGACAAGAAGAAAGACAAGAGGAAGAAGAAGAAGGAACAGCAGCAAAGUGAAGCCAACGAGCUCCGCAAUCUGGCCUUCAAGAAGAUCCCGCAGAAGUCGCACGGCCAGCCGGCCUGCAUGACGCUGUCGAGAAUAGCCAGCGGGCUCCUCGGCGCCGCGCCGGCGUCGCAGCAAGGCUGGCAGCAGUGGAAGCAGAGGGACGAGCAGAUGACAUCUGAGCUCUACGAGGCCGACUUAGAGAAAGCUUUGAUCCUCAGCAAACUGGAGUAUGAAAAAAACAAUGAAAAAAACAAACAGCAGGCCGGCAACAGCAACCACGCGUCCUCGCCGAAGACUCGCAAAGACUGCGCCCCCGGCAGCGCCGCCGGUAGCGCGGCCGCCGGGGGCAGCGGGAAGGAGAAGAAGAAGAAGAACACGCAGGCCAAAGAGAAAAAGACGGUCUCUCUUCAGAACUUCCAAGCUGAAGGCAACGCAGAAGCUGUGAGCCGGAAACCCGAAAAAAAGGAAGCGUCCAACUCUGCUGCGGCGCCGGGCCAGGAGGAGCGUUUCUUUAACAAGCUGGAGGACGACGUCAACCGAAUAGUCCAGCGGGAGAAGCGACGCCAGCAGUUGAACAGCAAACAAGACGGCAACACUCCGGCAGAACGCGGCCCAGACCCCCGCGCCGAGCAGCUCAAGUACGAGCUGGAGAAGAAGGACCGGCAGAUCGUCGAGCUGAAGAAGACCAUCGGACAGUGGGAGGUCAAACACAAAGAGGUGAAAGCCAGAAACGGGCAGCUUCUCAAGAUGCUCCAGCAAGGAGAGAUGAAAGACAAAGCCGAGAUCUUGCUGCAAGUGGAGGAGCUGCUGCAUAUCAAAGAGGAGCUCUCGUCGCAGGUGACCUUGCUACACGCCGCUCUGGAACAAGAACGCUCUAAAGUCAAAGGUCUGCAGUCGGAGCAGCCCAAACAUCAGGGGAACAAGAGAGGGAAGAAAAGUUCCGAGGCGGAUCUCUGAUGAUUCCACUUGAAGUCCCAAGAACAUCGCGUUGGCAAAGAAACAUUCUUGUUUUGUUCCUUUUUUCUUUUUUUAUGUUGGACUGUAUCAGCAUGUAGUAGUUGCAUGCCUCUCUUUCACACUCACACAAAAUGGUUGUUAGUGCUGCCCCCUACAGGCACAAGUGCAUAGAGACACGAGUGCCUGAUUAAUUGUUCAAAAUGCCAAAAAAUCUUUGACAGACUUGGGACUUGUGAAAUGUUUCUAGUUUGGCCACUGUUAAAUAAAAGUAAAAUGCUUUUUCAGUGAAACAUU